AUGAUUGGACAUAAUAACCCGCCGAUAGCCACACAUAACACACAAUCACUGCUAGCCAAUCACACUGCAUUUGUCAGUUGGAAACAAGCGCAGUUAGACAACACCUUGGUUAUAUCGGGGCAUAGAACUAACAUUAUUGUCGGCGUGACUCUGGAAUUUAUUGCGGGAGUAUUUGAAAUAAUACGAUGGAAUUGGGUGUGGAGUCUAUUCAUUCGGGCGCACAAAAAGGACCUCGAGUUCAGUGAUCUCUACCGCUGCCCAAAAUCAGAUGAGACACAUCGAGUCCGACAAAAGCUGCAAAUCAAAUGGGAUAAACAAUUGAAAAGUAAAGGAAAGCCAUCGCUAUUUUGGGCACUUUUCGCAUCUUAUGGACCCGAACUUAUUGUUCUCUACAUACCCGAAGUUAUCAGGGAAUUGGGACUUAACUUGUUAGUACCGUAUUGUAUUGUUUAUCUGGUGAGAUAUUUCAACAAUGACCCCAACACUAGCCAGUGGUGGGCCACGUGGGCAGCCUCCAUGCGUUUAAGUCACUCAUCACUCGGACAGACAACUGUUGGCCAGAUAUUGAACAUUAUGUCCAACGAUGUCAACAGAUUUGAUGAG